UUUUGGGUACUUUGGGCCUGCCCAAAUAUAGUCCCAUAAUCUUUUGCAACCCCUACUGCCACCCCACCCCUACUCUCCUUAUCUCCUAUUGAGGAGGAAAAACAACAUAUCAAGCAUGGUGAGAGGGCCACAGGUUUCUGAGAGGGUGAAGCUUCUGACAGGAGUGCUUGCUCUGCAGCUCUGCCUGGGAGGAUUCCAUGUAGUCUCAAGAGCUGCCCUCAACAUGGGCAUCAGCCAAAUUGCUUUCUCUGUCUACAGAAACUCCAUUGCUUUGCUUCUUUUGGCCCCCUUUGCCUGCAUCUUGGAGAAGAAGGAUAGGCCACCCCUUACUUUCUCAUUGUUGGUUCAAUUUUUUAUAUUAGCCUUUUGUGGGAUUACUGCUAACCAAGGAUUUUAUCUCUUGGGUUUGUUUUAUCUGUCUCCAACUUAUGCUUCUGCUAUACAGAAUACAAUCCCAGCAAUCACCUUUGCCAUGGCUGCUGCUGUAAGGCUUGAGAGAGUGAACAUAAAUAGGAGAUAUGGGUUAGCAAAGGUGGUGGGAACAGUUGUUACCAUAGGAGGAGCCACCAUUAUUACUCUCUACAAGGGGACUCCACUGCUGCAACAUGAUAAGCCACACUUUGUUGCAGCAUCUAUUCUCUCUUCAAGCCCCAUCAUGAAUUGGACAUUGGGUUGUGUCUACCUCCUGGCCUGCUGCCUUGCUUGGUCUGCCUGGAUGGUAUUUCAGGUCCCAGUGCUGCAGAAGUAUCCAAAGAGGCUCUCAUUUCUCACACUCACCUGCACAUUUGGGCUGAUACAGUUCAUGGCAAUUGCGGCUUUCGCUGAAGAUGACUUCCAGAGGUGGAAAAUCCAUUCUAGAGGGGAGCUCUUCACUGUUCUCUACGCAGGUGUUGUGGCUUCAGGGAUUGCUUUGUCUCUUCAAAUUUGGUGUAUAGAUAGAGGGGGGCCACUUUACACUGCCAUAUUCCAGCCAGUACAGACUGUUGCAGUGGCCAUCAUGUCAGCUUUCAUCCUAGGUGACCAAUUCUACUCAGGAGGGUAAGAAUUUAUCAUUAUUGUGUAAAAUGCAAUUUGGUUCCUGAGAUUUUGUUGAAUUGCAAUUUGAUUGAUGAUCCUUCAGUAGAACAGAUUAGUCCCUACACUUAAACUUGCCUGAUUUGUUGCAAUAUUGUAAUCUACGGAUACAUUCGUCGAUGUAUCGUUCGCAUGCUUACGGGGGUGUUAGGUUCCUCGAAAAAGGGUGGAAAAAUUGUUUCUCACGAAAAAAGUUUAUAAUGCAAAAUUGUUUUCUCGGUUCAGAUAAAAAAUUCAAAAUUCAGAAAGCGACAUAUACUACUGUUUGUAGAAACCAAAAAUCGACGGAAAAUGCUUUUCUAGCUAGAAAACUUUUUUGGGCGAAACCAAACACCCACUCAGCGAUUUUGGGGCGAAAAAUGCCGUCGCAGACGUCAUUGCGACAAACAAGGCAAAGUGAGGGAUCAAAUUAACCCAACUAUUCAAGAGUGAAAAAUGAGGAAUUAACUAAAUUGUAAUUUAUCAAUAUAUAUAUAUAUUUGUUUGGGAGCAUAUAUUGGAUCUUUCUUUUU